AUGACGGCGGUCCACCCGCUGCCGACCCAGCUUCUCUCCCAGUACGGUCACCAGACCCUGACCGGCAUGAAUCCUGCUGGUCCGAGCGGUAUGCCCACACCACCCGUGACGACCAGGAAGCGGAAACGCGCCCAUCAAUACACCGUUAGCUAUAGCGAAGUCCAGGAAGUCGACAGCGAUGGCCGCCUUCGUGAGGUCAUCGUAAUCGACGAUACCCCGCCUCCACCUACCAUCUCCCCAUCAACUACCCAUAAUGGUGCCUUCUCUGCGUCAUACCAGCCUCCCCUCUACACCGCACCCAUCAGAACCAGAGCACGGGCAGCAGCAGAAGCCCAAGCAUUAUCUGCAAGCUCCUCCUCGGUACUGACUGCGCCAGCACCGAAGAAGAGAAAACGGGAUCAUAACGAAGAGGUCCGUGCGCCAGCCGCCAAGAAGCUAGUGGGCGGCCAGCAAUCCCAAGCGCUCGUUGCAGCCGUCUCGAUCGAUAGCCGAAGCGGUGCUGCUACGGAUGAUACAUCUAAAGGCCCCUUGCCCUGUGAUGACAAAGAGGGACACUACAUCAUCGUCCCAAAUGACAUGAUUUAUCGACGUUAUCGUACGGUUCGCCUGCUGGGCCAAGGAACCUUUGGUAAAGUGGUAGAAGCCGUCGACACCGAAACCAACAACCGGGUAGCUAUCAAAAUCAUCCGAGCUAUUCCAAAAUACCGCGACGCCAGCAAGAUUGAAGUUCGAGUACUUCAGAAGCUUAAAGAACGUGACCCAACAAACCGACAUAACUGCAUCCACCUCCUUCAUUGGUUUGACCACAGAAAUCAUAUAUGUCUCGUCUCUGAGCUCCUGGGGAUGUGCGUCUACGAUUUCCUCAAGGAAAACGAUUUUGCGCCGUUCCCCCGCCAGCACAUCCAGAAGUUUGCCCGCCAACUUCUUGGCAGUGUAGCAUUUCUUCAUGAACUUCGUCUCAUCCACACCGACUUGAAACCUGAGAACAUACUUCUUGUGCACAACGACUACCGAGUAGUGUCUAUACCUGUACCAGGAAAGCGUAACGCACCACCGAAACAGAAACGGAUCUUGGAAUCGACAGACAUCAGACUAAUCGAUUUUGGUUCAGCCACUUUUGAACAAGAGUAUCAUUCAUCUGUUGUCUCCACCCGACAUUAUCGUGCACCAGAAAUCAUCUUGGGACUUGGUUGGACAUUUCCAUGCGACGCCUAUUCCCUGGGCUGCAUUUUGGUUGAAUUCUUCACGGGCCUCGCCCUCUAUCAGACCCACGACAAUCUAGAGCACCUUGCCAUGAUGGAGAUGGUCAUGGGCAAGAUGCCUGAACGCUUCGCGAGGGCUGGUGCGCGGUCAAAACCAGAAUUCUUCAAGGAGGGUGGCAAGCUUGACUGGCCGAAGCCGAAAGCAACCCGACAAAGCAAAAAGGACGUGAAAGCGACGCGGCCGCUACAGGAUGUGAUACCUCCUGUUGAUAAUAUCAACAGACAAUUCUUGGAUCUUGUCCGGAAACUUCUUGCGUUUGACCCUGCCCAACGUAUAACAGUUCGGGAAGCCCUCCAACACCCCUACUUUUCAUUAUCCAUUCCUAAUGAGAUAUAA